AGGGUUUUGGUUUUCGUCAGGAGAUUUCAAGGUUUAGGGUGUCUGCAAUUUAACCAUGGCGGAGCAGACGGAGAAGGCGUUUCUUAAGCAACCAAAAGUUUUCUUAAGCUCAAAGAAAUCUGGUAAGGGAAAGAGGCCUGGUAAAGGUGGUAAUCGUUUCUGGAAGAACAUUGGCCUUGGUUUCAAAACUCCUAGAGAGGCUAUUGAAGGAGCAUACAUUGACAAGAAAUGUCCCUUUACUGGUACGGUUUCAAUCAGGGGUCGCAUCUUGUCAGGCACUUGUCACAGUGCAAAGAUGCAGAGGACGAUCAUUGUUCGUAGAGAUUACCUUCACUUUGUGAAGAAGUAUCAAAGAUAUGAGAAAAGACACUCAAACAUUCCUGCUCAUGUUUCCCCGUGCUUCCGUGUCAAAGAAGGAGAUCAUGUUACCAUUGGGCAAUGCAGGCCACUGUCAAAGACGGUGAGGUUCAAUGUCUUGAAGGUCAUUCCGGCUGGAAGCUCUUCUAUUGGGAAGAAAGCAUUCACUGGAAUGAAGGAUCUUCUUCAUUGUACUGUGAAGUUAGUUUCUGGGGUCAACAUAGCAACAACAAUGGCAAAAACCAGAGGGUCUUGUUGUCUCGUCAACGCUCUCAUCGCUAUUGCUUUUUUGGCGACAGCCCAUUUGUGUGAAGCUGGCUUGUCUCAGAAAGAACAGGACAAGGUCUCGAAAUUGCCUGGUCAGAAUUUCAAUGUUAGCUUUGCUCACUACUCUGGGUUUGUUACUACUAAUGAGAAAUUGGGAAGAGCUCUCUUUUACUGGCUCUUUGAAGCCGUCGAAGAUGCUAAGUCUAAGCCUCUUGUUCUCUGGCUCAAUGGAGGACCAGGAUGUUCAUCUGUUGCAUUUGGUGAAGCAGAAGAGAUAGGGCCAUUCCACAUUAAGGCAGAUGGGAAGACUCUUUACCUUAAUCAAUAUUCUUGGAACCAAGCUGCAAAUAUUUUGUUCCUUGAUGCACCUGUUGGAGUUGGGUAUUCUUACUCAAACACCUCUUCUGAUUUGAAGACCAAUGGUGAUAAAAGAACUGCCGAAGACUCACUGAAAUUUCUGCUGAAAUGGGUUGAGCGGUUUCCGGAGUACAAAGGAAGGGACUUUUAUAUAGUAGGGGAGAGCUAUGCAGGACAUUACAUUCCUCAGCUGAGUGAAGCCAUUGUAAAGCAUAACCAAGGUUCUGAGAAAAAUAGUAUAAAUCUGAAGGGUUACAUGGUAGGAAAUGGGCUGAUGGACGAUUUCCAUGACCGGCUUGGUCUUUUCCAAUAUAUUUGGUCGUUGGGUUUUAUCUCUGACCAAACAUACAGCUUACUGAAACUUCAAUGUGGUUUUGAAUCGUUUAUUCACUCCUCCAAACCGUGUAAUAAGAUUUUGGAGAUAGCGGACAAAGAAAUCGGUAACAUAGACCAAUACAGUGUCUUCACCCCAGCCUGUGUUGCGAAUGCUUCCCAGUCAAAUAUGUUGCUAAAGAAAAGACCAAUGACUAGCCGCGUGAGCGAACAGUAUGAUCCUUGUACGGAGAAACACACUACAGUUUAUUUCAAUCUUCCAGAGGUUCAGAAAGCCCUCCACGUCCCAGCAGGACUUGCACCAUCCAAAUGGGAUACUUGCAGUGAUGUCGUGAAUGAACACUGGAAUGACUCUCCUUCCUCGGUUUUAAACAUUUACCACGAGCUUAUAGCUGCUGGGCUUCGUAUCUGGGUUUUCAGUGGGGACGCAGAUGCUGUUGUACCAGUCACAUCAACCCGGUACAGUAUAGAUGCACUAAACCUUCGUCCUUUGAGUGCCUAUGGUCCUUGGUACUUAGAUGGACAGGUGGGAGGCUGGAGUCAGCAGUAUGCUGGCCUGAACUUUGUGACGGUGAGAGGUGCAGGCCAUGAAGUUCCUUUGCACAGACCGAAGCAAGCUCUUGCGCUAUUCAAGGCUUUUAUAUCUGGAACUCCAUUGUCCACACCUGAGAACAACAUCAGCCGCGACAUGUCUGAACUCAUUUGUGGAACUCAUGUCGAAAACCUUGUAGGUAGAGGACAGGACAAGAAGCCCAGGCAGCAGCAGCCAUGAUACAAUAGACGGGAAGAGGAUUUUCCAUCACUUAAAGACUACAAUGACUACUUGGAAGAAGUGGAGUGCAUGGUAUUCGACUUGAUAGAUGGAAUCAAUGUUGAGGCGAUUGAGGAGAAGAUUAAGAGAUAUUCUCAGGAGAAUGCUGAACAGAUCAUGAUUAAUCGAGCUCGCAAGGCUGAAGAAUUGACUGCAGCAUUGGCAGCUUGCAAGGCCCAACCCCCACAGACAGAUGCUGACACGUCGUCAAACCAUGGUGUUACUGCUGGAACUGCAUACGGUCAGGCUCCACGACCAACGGGAAUGGGCCCACAACCGGUACCUAUAGUAGGAGGAGCAGAGCGUCGACAAUACUCUAUGGAAGAAGAAGCGAAGAAGAGGCUCCUCAAAGCAGAGAGAGCUCCAUGGGCUGGAGGAUUUUCCAUAGAGAUAAUUAGCACUAGUGUUCCCGCCACUAGAAUCGGUUCUCUGAUUAGGGUCAAGAAAAUUCGAGUAUCUCGUCUCGAUAUUGAAGCAAAGGAGGCCGAGAAUGCUAUUGAUUCUGAUUCCGUUAAUGUGGAGAGAAGCUCGAAUUCUAAACUGAAAGGUAGUAAUACGGUCACGAGUGGUAAUCAGAGAGGGACAAAGAAAGAUGUGGCUCGAAAGUUCAGUUUCCGAAGAGAAAGCAAUGAUCUUGAGCUUGAGAAUUUGUUUGUGAACAAUGGGGAAAUGGAUGUUAAUUACUCUGCUAUUAAACCUGGUUUGAGUUUAGAGCAUUACAAUGCUAUAUUGAAACGGCUUGAGAGUUGCAGUGAUACUAAUGCCAUCAAGUUCUUUGAUUGGAUGAGAUGUAAAGGAAAACUGGAAGGUAACUUUGUUGCUUACAGUUUGAUUCUUAGAGUUUUAGGAAGGAGGGAAGAAUGGAACCGAGCCGAGGAUCUGAUCCAAGAGUUGUGUGGAUUUCAGGGCUUUCAGCGGAGUUUUCAGGUCUUCAACACAGUUAUAUACGCCUGUACCAAAAAGGGGAAUGUGAAAUUAGGUUCAAAGUGGUUUCAGAUGAUGUUGGAGCUCGGUGUUCGACCAAAUGUGGCUACAAUAGGUAUGCUCAUGGGUCUUUACCAAAAGAACUGGAAUGUUGAUGAAGCCGAAUUCGCAUUUUGUCAUAUGAGAAAAUUUGGGAUUGUGUGUGAAUCUGCUUACUCUGCGAUGAUAACGAUUUACACACGUUUGAGAUUAUAUGAUAAAGCAGAGGAAGUUAUACACUUGAUGAAACAAGAUAGAGUGAGGCUGAAGUUAGAGAAUUGGUUAGUGAUGCUUAAUGCUUAUAGUCAGCAAGGCAAAAUGGAGCAAGCUGAAUCUGUUUUGAUCUCUAUGGAAGCCGCGGGUUUUGCUCCGAAUAUUAUUGCAUACAAUACUCUGAUAACUGGUUAUGGUAAGGUUUCUAAAAUGGAGGCUGCACAGAGUUUAUUCCACCGCCUCUAUGAUAUUGGGCUGGAACCAGAUGAAACAAGUUACAGGUCAAUGAUUGAAGGUUGGGGCCACGCUGACAAUUACGAGGAGGCAAAUCAUUACUAUCAAGAGCUGAAGCGGUUUGGAUAUAAACCCAAUUCAUCCAAUCUUUCUACUUUAAUAAAUUUGCAGGCUAAAUAUGGAGACAGAGAUGGUGCUAUUAAGACAAUCGAAGAUAUGACUAGUAUCGGAUGCCAAUACUCCUCGAUCCUUGGCAUCAUUCUGAAGGUUUAUGAGAAGGUGGGGAAGAUCGAUGUGGUGCCUUAUGUUCUCAAAGGCUCUUUUCAUAAUCAUAUCCGUUUAGACCAGACUUCUUUCUCGAUUCUAGUGAUGGCAUAUAUCAAACAUGGUAUGGUUGAUGAUUGCUUGGCGUUGUUGCGAGAAAAAAAGUGGAGAGACUCAGCAUUUGAGUCCCACUUGUAUCAUCUGUUGAUUUGCUCUUGCAAAGAAUCUGGCCAGCUUACUGAUGCUGUGACAAUAUACAACCAUACAAUGGAAUCAGAUGAAGAGAUAAAUCUGCACAUUACGUCCACAAUGAUUGACAUUUAUACUGUGAUGGGUGAAUUUGGUGAAGCAGAGAAGCUUUAUUUAAAUUUGAAAUCUUCUGGAGUUGUGCUGGACAGGAUCGGAUUCAGCAUCGUGGUGCGGAUGUACGUGAAAGCCAGAUCCUUGGAAGAAGCCUGUUCUGUCUUAGAAAUCAUGGAUGAGCAGAAAGACAUUGUUCCGGAUGUGUACUUGUUUCGCGAUAUGCUUCGGAUAUAUCAGAAGUGUGACCUUCAGGAUAAACUCCAGCAUUUGUACUACAGGAUUCGAAAGAGCGGGAUCCAUUGGGAUCAGGAGAUGUACAAUUGUGUUAUAAACUGUUGUGCGCGUGCUCUUCCGCUUGAUGAACUCUCAAGAACUUUUGAGGAAAUGAUUCGAUAUGGAUUCACUCCUAAUACAGUCACAUUCAAUGUCCUCCUUGAUGUUUAUGGUAAAGCCAAGCUCUUCAAAAAGGUUAACGAGCUUUUCUUGUUGGCGAAAAGACACGGAGUUGUGGAUGUAAUAUCCUACAACACCAUUAUAGCUGCCUAUGGAAAGAACAAGGACUUUACAAACAUGUCAUCAGCGAUUAAGAAUAUGCAAUUUGACGGGUUUUCUGUGUCACUUGAAGCUUAUAAUACUUUGCUGGAUGCAUAUGGGAAAGAUAAACAGAUGGAGAAAUUCAGAAGCAUCUUGAAGAGAAUGAAGAAGUCUACAAGUGGACCGGAUCAUUAUACAUACAACAUCAUGAUCAAUAUUUAUGGAGAGCAAGGAUGGAUCGAUGAAGUCGCUGGUGUUCUGAAAGAAUUGAAAGAAUCGGGACUUGGUCCUGACUUGUGUAGCUAUAACACGCUGAUAAAGGCGUAUGGUAUAGGUGGAAUGGUUGAAGAAGCUGUUGGGUUGGUGAAGGAGAUGAGGGGAAAGAACAUAACACCUGAUAAAGUAACUUACACCAAUCUGGUCACAGCUUUGCGCAGGAAUGAUGAAUUUCUUGAGGCUAUUAAAUGGUCUUUGUGGAUGAAACAAAUGGGUAUAUAGAAUAGCUUGAUUUUAUUUUCUGUGUUUUUUUUUUGUCUAUAAUGGCUGCUUCUUUUGAUAAGAAUCCAAAUGAGGCAUGCGUGAAUAUUUUGAACAGUGACAAAAAUGUUAAUGUAUAAGUCUCAAUGCAAGAUUCUUCUAGUCUCUUUCUAUCUUUCAGAAAGUAAAGUUCCUUGCUCUUUUUUGUUCUUCAAAGAAAGGUUAUGUCCAGGC